GUAACAACAACAGUUCGUAAUCAUCCACAUGCAUGAGCAGACGUAGCUUUGUAUAGUAGACUACAUGUACUGUACACUACUCAGGAGUAGACAUCAUAUCAUUCAUAGAAUUACUCGACAGUAAUUACCCGGCCGUAGGAUCUCACACUUUCAUGCUGCCUUAAUUUGGCAGCUUGAGACAACGUCCAUCAUGUUGAGAUACAGACUUCUGACCUUUGAUGUGAACAACACCCUGAUGAGGGUGAGGAACUCUGUCGGAGACCAGUACAGGAAGGUGGCCAAGCAGUUCGGAGUCAACAUUAAGGUCUACGACGUUGAUCGAGAAUUCAGGAUCGCUUACAAAGACCAGCUCUGCCGGCAUCCCAACUUUGGAGUCACCACCAGCCAGACGACGGAGCAGUGGUGGGGUGAGGUCGUCCAUCGUACCUUUCACGCUGCAGGAUGCGAUUGUGACAAGGAAACCCUUGAUAAGGUGUCCUCUAAACUCUUCAACGACUUCAAAACAAGCCAAACAUGGGAAACAUAUGCUGAAGUCAAGGAGAUGUUGAUUUUUUUAAACCGCAAUGGAAUCGCACUUGGAGUGCUAUCGAACAACGACGAACGGUUAAUGAGUGUGAUGAAAGCAGUGGAUAUUGCUGAGCAUUUUGCGUUCAUUCUUCCAUCAGCCUUGGCAAAGUGUGAAAAACCUGAUGCAGAAUUUUUUAAUAUGGCUUUAGAAAGACUGAAUAUUGAACCUGGGCUCUGUGCUCACAUAGGAGAUAAUGUUAAAUUAGACUAUCAUGCAGCAAGAGCCGUCGGAAUGGAUGCAUACCUCGUCGAUCGGGAAGGUACGCUCAUAGAGAAGCACCCAGAAGUCAACCCUGUACAUGUCCUAUCUGAUAUAUCUGAUCUUGAACCUCUGAUCUUCAUGCAAUAAUAACCUAAGCUUGUUCUUGA